AUGGCAUUGUCUGAGGAGCAACAGAGGGCAAUUCAGGUGGCUACCACUGGUCAGCGAACCAACCCAAACUGGCAUUUGUUCAGGAAAGGAAGGGUGACUGCCAGCAACUUUGGAGCUGUCCUGAGGUCAAAGCGUGUGACUGCUUCCCUUAUUGCCAGGGUGCUAGGGCAACAACAGGCCCUUGAUGGUGUUUUGUCUGUACAGUGGGGGACUAUGAAUGAAUGUGAGGGCGUCAGGGCAUUCACCACUGCAACCCAGAUGCAGGUCCAUGAGUCAGGUUGGUGGCUCUCCCAAUCAGGAUUGUUGGGGGCAUCUCCAGAUGGUCUGGUAGGGUCUUCCGCUGUGCUGGAGACAAAAAGAAAGAGAACAUCCUGCAGUUCGUUCACCAAGCUCCAGGGGGCCUCCUCGUGGCAUCCGGAUGAGGGAGGAUUCGUUUCCAGGGGUCUGGAUCAAGCCUCCUUUGACAACGCCAUCCACCACAUCAGAGGAACCCAUGCAACUUGGCCGAGCAAGACUUUCACUGGAGGAGCGGGAACGGCGCCUCCGCCAGGGCCUGUGUUUCUACUGCGGGCAUCGUGGACACCUGAUGGCCGCUUGCUCACUAAAAGACGGGGCUCCCCAGGCAAGAGGAGGGCGCUGGUGAGCCGACUAACUUCUGACUACUCUCCUCGUACGCUGACUCCUAUCCAAGUAAAAUUAGGAGAAGUUGAAGGGCUGUCUGUAGGAAGGGUUACUUCAGGUAGUGAGGUGGAGACGAAGGAAGUAACUCAUGACCAUGCCUCUGACUUACCAGACCUGCCCAAUGUUCCCUCCUGUUACCACAACCUGAGGGAGGUUUUCAGUAAGACUCGGGCCUCUACGUUGCCUCCUCAUCGACCUUAUGACUGUGCAAUUGACUUACUACCGGGUGCCCCCAUUCCCAAGGGACGUCUAUACUCAAUUUCUGGUCCUGAAAGACAAUCUAUGACGGAUUACAUUGACUCAUCUCUGAAGGCGGGCCUCAUUCGUCCAUCGUCAUCUCCUGCUGGCGCCGGAUUUUUCUUCGUGGGUAAAAAAGACGGAUCCCUCCGACCCUGCAUAGACUACUCUCCCCUGAAUGAUAUAACGGUAAAAAACAGAGUCCCAUGUUCAGCAUGUCCGCCAGGUCCUCCAAGGCCUUCUGGAAAACCAACUAUUCGUGAAGGCGGAGAAAUGUGAAUUUCACAAGACCACUGUCUCAUUCCUGGG